CGCCUUUCGCACAUUUGUCUGUUGUCUCACACUCUCACCUGCGCGACCGAAAACCAUCGAGAAACAAAAAUUGCACUUUUUUCUCGCUGCAUCUGAUCAUCAUAAGAAUAUAUCAUCCCUACUACCAUAUUCGUCGCAUAUAAAUACAGUGUAUGUACACAACCUCUCGUCAUCUCAACAACAAAAGGAAAAAUAACUGUAAACAACGUCCCUCUAACCACCAGAAGUGUAUUUCACCACCACCACGGACCACCUGAUGCAGACUCGUCUUGCAUAAUUCUCAUCCAUUCGAGCAUCAUCAGGACAGUAAACAAAGCAAUGUUCUACAGCAGUCCCGGCGGCGUCAAUCGUGUAAUCUGCCGCUACUCGCGAUAAAAAAGAGAAGCUUGAGAAUAAAAAACGCUACGCCGAGAGAGGGAAAGAUUACGGAGUUCGACAUAAUGAAAGAGAAGCACCAUCAGCUAUGCAGACUUUGCGCCGAGAGCAAAUCAGGCCUCGUCGGCAUCUACGAAGCUGAGGGCCAAAGUCUUGAAAUCGAAAGCAAAAUCGCCAAGUGCCUCCGCAUACAGGUUUUUGUGAGUGACUGUCUACCCCUGUCUAUAUGUCAUGAAUGCUGUACACUGUUGAACCAAUGCAACGAUUUCUAUGAAAAAACUAAUCAGGCACAGUGUAACCUUCGUCAUAUGCUGACAGACUCUAAAGAAACUUCACAGAGUGCACUUGUGCCUGAUGUCAGGUCGAAUUUUGUUGAAAAGACUGAGGACAUUUCCAAAGGAGAGGUUUAUGUAGAAGACUUAAUUGCUGAAGGCAACAUAGACGACGAAGAAUACUCUGACAAUAGUGAAAAUAAUGAUAUUACUACAGAGAAGGAGCAUAUAUCUCAAGAAAAUGUGAAGUACAAUAAAGAAGACGAAGAUAGUAAGAUUACUGUGAAAAAAGGAUCUCCCAAACAGAACAAUAAGAAAAAAGUUAAGAGGAAAAUUAGUUUAAACAAAGGUGAUGAGGAUGAUUUUCAGGAUCCAUCUGAAGUUAUAAAAAAAGAGCAAACUAAUGUUAGAGAUGGGAAAUCUCGCAUGAAAAUCCCAGAUAAUUAUAUGACAGGUACAGAAUCCGACAUGGAACUAAUUGUUUUAUCAGGUAAAAAAGUCAGCACAGAGCAGUUGCCAAAAAGUGGUAGAAAAAGGGGUGAAAGGCUGGACCGAUACCCUUGGUUGUGCACAGACUGUAAUGAUAAACUGCCGAGUUUAGAUGCUCUUGAAGAGCACCAUGAAACGGUUCACAAUCAGAAGACUAAAUAUAUGUGCGUCCAGUGCUGUAAAGUUUACGAAAAGUACUAUGGCUUCUUAACCCAUGUAAAAAGGCACAAAACAAAAACGAAAUACAGUUGUGACGAUUGUGGCAAGACAUUCGUUCACAAAAAGGUGCUGGACACACACAAAGCUAUUCAUAGUGAAGAACGACCGCAUGUUUGUCAGACCUGUGGCAAAUCUUUCAGACAGCAAAGCGCUUUAUACAUUCACAGUCGGUGCCAUUUACCGGAAAAUAUGAAGAAUCGUUUUCAGUGUGAUCAAUGUGAUAAGAGAUUUUCUACAAAGCCUAAUUUAGUUACGCACAAACGCAUUCAUUCCGGAGUGCGGAAUUUUACUUGCGAUCAGUGUGGCAAGAGUUUUAUACAGAAAGGCAACCUGGAGGCUCAUUUUCUGACGCAUUCCGCCGACAAGCCUUACAAGUGUUCCCAAUGUUCUAAGGCGUUCAAAACACCACUGCAACUGAAAAAGCACGAAACGGUGCACACUGGUGCCAAGCCCCAUCAGUGUGCCGUUUGUGGCAGAACGUUCCGAGAAAAGGGAACUCUGAGGGAACAUCAUAGGAUUCACACAGGUGCUAUGCCCUUCUCCUGUGAGUUUUGUGGCAAAUGUUUUAGAUUCAAAGGAAUAUUGACGACGCAUCGACGUCAACACACUGGUGAGCGACCAUACAGUUGUCAGGAAUGUCAGCACCACUUUACGAAUUGGCCGAAUUAUAAUAAGCAUAUGAAACGACGUCACGGCAUCAAUACUUCCAGCAACAAACAGCAACAACCGAAUCAACAGCAACAACAGGAAUCUCAACGUAAUCUACAAAAUCAAAGUCAAAAUCAAACAACUAUUGCGCAAACAGUACCGCAUUCCCAGCCGCACACGUUAAUUCAAACAGUCAACACUGCGGGAACCGUUCAGGUGAUUCAGGCAAUACCGCGGGUAACUGGAGUAACCGUAACGCAGCAACCGAUAGUCAUGCAGACAUUACCAACAGGCGCCGCAGUGACGGCUAUCCAGACCUUCGCUGAGGCUACUAUGAGCGUCCCUACGACGGCUGUAGCUGUACACCAACAGCAACAGCCGCAACAACAAACCCCGGCUCACCAUCAAAAUUCCGGCACAACAACCUUUUUCAAUGCCAUAUCGACGCCGCUGAGUAACUUUCUGCCUACUAGCUUGCCCUAUAACUUUUACAAUAUAUCCAAUGCUGCUGAAGCUGAUCUCGUUCAUCAUAGAUAAAACGACAUUUUUUAAAGUAUUGGGAUAUAUCUUGAAGUUUGUUUUGAUUUUUUGAUUGGUGGAUUUUCAUAUCUGCACGAAAAAUUUUGAUUACUUUUGCAGAUAUAAGAGCCAUGAAAAAUCAAACCCCGUGAUCUGGGGUUUUGCAUAAUUAUAUUAUUAUUGUGAUAAGUAGCUGUAAUUGAAGCAAAUAAUCUAAAAAUGAAAUUAAUUUUUCAUUCAAAAGCACAUCGUUUUGUGAGAAAUAAAAAUCACACACAUGUUUUUGGUUAUAAAUAUCCAGUGUACUAUCGGAUACACUUUAAUAUUAUAAUUUUUUUAAUUUAAAAUUUCGUUAUCAACGAUUGGAUUUUUUUUUCUUUUCUAAAGUUAAGUGUUAGAAUACUGGGGUCAAUGCUGUUACAGCUCAAAAAAAAAGAAACUAGUUUUGGUCUAGAAAAAUGUUUAUACAUAUUUUGUUAAUGUAUAUGUACCAGGUAUAGCUAAGCAUAAUGGUUUCUUAAAAUUUAUUUCUUGAAUUGGUAUACAUUAUCCGGAUUACGUACUUAUGCGCACUAUUUUACAUUUAUAUAAUAUGUAGAUAAGGUGUCUUUUUUUAAAGAAAUAAUUAUACAAUUUGAGCAAAGGAAAGAAGUUCCUAAGUAUGAAAAUCUUUGUCAAAGAAAUCUAAACUUUGAUUUUACUAAUUUGUAGUUUUAUGAUUUGCUUCUAUUGAAACUAUUAUUCUGAUCUAAGUCUUAUAUAAUACAUAUUACACAUGAUACUAACUCAAAUGAGCCAUAAGUUUUAGCUUUACUUACAAAUCAAAUGUAGAUUUUUAUCCAUACGAAAUGUCACAAAUAGGUUUUUAUUCGUUUGUAUUUCGACAAUAAGAUAUAAUACAAUAGCCUUAUAUAUUUCUUGCUUUUAUAUUUUUAUCUGCAAACGAUAAAAAUAAAAAAUGUACAAGUUCUCUUUUUUUUAAGUUUUAUAUCGAAUCAAAUAAGAAUUAUUGUAUAUUAUUGCGCUAGCUUUUACAUUGCAUAAUGAAGUGCGAGAAUCGUGCGAUUUACUUUGUUAUAACGUUUUAAUUCGUAAAUAUAUAAAUAUAUAUAUAAGGGAUAUGUAUCUUUUUUAGAAGACUGUUUAUUACAUUUUUGUAUUCUACAUUUAAUCUUGUAUAAAAAUGUCUAAUACAACCGGCCUCUCGUUAUUUUACAAAUUACCGCCUAAAUAAUUGUCAUAUGCACAUAAAAAAUACUUAAGGUUAAGAUUUCUUGUAAAUUACAGUACUUACAAUAUAGUUAACGACUUUCUAGUUUCUUCUCGCUAGUCCUAAAAUGAA